AUGCAUCUUUCAAUGGGUGGCCUGCUGCCAGGGCUAGCGCUGCUGGCAUCUGCUAAUGCAUUAGCUCUAGCUUUGCCGUUAGAAAGCUCGGUAUACACUGUCCAGGUGACGAACCCAUUUCACGAGUCUCUUUUCUCCUGUCCAGCAGCUUCAUGGCCAAAGGUCAAGCUUGGAAGCGAGAAUAGAUCCCAGGAGCCCUCGAAGGACCUCAAGAAAAUCUUAUCUCAGAUUUCGCCUAAGAGAAUCGAGGCUACUAUUAGAAAACUGGUUUCAUUCGGCACCCGUCAUACACUCUCUACUCAGACCAACGCAACAUACGGCAUUGGGGCAGCAAGAGACUGGAUCGAGUCAGAAUUCCAGCGAUAUGCGAAUGCAAGUGAUGGCCGCUUGACUGUGGCCGUGGUUGGAUAUGACCAGCAGCCGGAUGGUCGCCGUAUACCUUUCCCUGUUCGAAUCAGUGAUGUGGUGGCUACACUUAAGGGAGAGGGGGACCCAGAGAGAGUUUAUCUUGUUUCGGGUCACUAUGACUCUAGAAACAGUGAUGCACUCGAUUAUAAGGGCAUUGCUCCUGGAGCAAACGAUGAUGCUUCUGGCGUUGCUGUCUCCCUUGAACUUGCUCGUGUGAUGUCACAGCGAGGCCUUCCUCGCCCAAAGGCAACGAUCGUCUUUGCUGCUGUCGCAGGAGAAGAACAAGGUCUUUACGGUGCCACUUUUCUGGCUCAGUCAUACCGCAAUAGCUCGGCCAACAUCGAAGGAAUGUUCACCAACGAUAUCAUCGGCUCAUCAACUGCUGAUGACGGUACCAGGGAACCACACGUCGUCCGACUCUUUGCCCAGGGAAUACCGCCUCUAAACGUUGAAGACCAGGCAAUGCGAGAGAGGCGCAUUAUGAUCGGAGGCGACAACGAUACUCCUGCACGUCAACUAGCACGCUUCGUCAAAGAAACAGCGGAAAACAAACAUACGGACAUGGAAGUCUCGGUCAUAUACAGACUAGACAGAUACCUACGCGGCGGUGACCAUCGUCCCUUCCUAGAGGCCGGAUACCCAGCCGCGCGUUUCACGGAGCCAAACGAGAACUUUGCGCAUCAGCACCAGGACAUUCGGAUUGACAAGGAUCCUAAAACCGGCAUGGAUAUUCAGUACGGAGAUUUGCCUGAGUUCUGCGAUUUUGAUUAUAUUUCACGAGUCGGAAAGGUUAAUGCGGCUGCCCUCUGGAACCUUGCAAUGUCCCCUGGUAUGCCGCGAAAUGUCCGUGUCAAUACCAGUGAUCUUACAAACGACAGUAAAUUCACAUGGGAUCCCCCAGCAGGUGGCAAUGCGCUGGUUGGUGGGUAUGAAAUCGUUUGGCGAAGCACAAAUGCCCCAUUCUGGACUCAUAAGAUGGAUGUAGGGAUGGUUCAGGAGGCAACGAUAGAUCUCAGCAAGGAUAAUGUCAUUUUCGGCAUCAGGGCCCGCGGCAAGAAUGGCGAGAGAGGCGUUGCUGUCCUCCCUUUCCCUUAG